GGGGGGGGAUCACCUGGCCGGCGGUUCCAUUGAGCAAGAAGGACGAAGGGGAGGUGGAGAGAAGUAGUGCAAUCCAUCUAGUGAUGAGCCUAAUGGCAACUCGAACCACAAUCACCAAAUGGUCAUAAAAAAUUUCCAUUGAACAUGUUUGAACGUAUCUGCGGAUAGUCGGGCGGGCGUCGACUAUCCAAGCAUAUUCACCAAAUGUCCGUCCUUUGUCCAAUGGAGAAAGGAGAGAGAAGGAAGGAAGAGGGAAAAAUAGGUUUAUGGUGGGGCCUGAGGCUGAUUUAGCAACGUCUGGACUCCACCCCCCCUCCCCCUAGUUUGAGGACGGUUUGUGGGAUUUUGGACAUUUGAACCAGUCCACAUACAUUUGGUGACUUGCGUUAUAUGGCUAAAAGUGUCAGAACGUCCCGUCCAAACAUCUAGAAAAAAAGUUGUGAUCCAUAUUGAGAUGUCCUAACAUGUGCAUGAGCUCUAGGAUGUAUUCCGAAAAUACACAGUCAGGAAACACUAAGUGUCUCUUUGAUCCGUAGGAUUCUAGAAAAUGCAUGAAUAGAAAAAUAGAACCGAAAUGUCAUACUCAUCUCAAUUCUACAUGUUUUUGGAUUGUUUGAUUGCAUCGUAGGAAAACACAAAGGACUCUUUCAUAGUGGUUUGACUGGAUGCUAGAAAUCCUAUGAAAAGUAUUUCAAAAAAAUCCUUAGAAAUAUUUUUCUCAUCGGAGCCGGACAAAAAAAACUUGUUAUAGUAGACAUUUAGAAAGUCAUCGUGGUAAGGCCUCAUAAGACCAGCGCAUCAGAACAACUACUGCCGCCGAUGAAGAGUAGCGUAGAUCGGAAGGAUCUAACGUAAAGACACACGAACAUAAACGAACGACGAACAGAUCCGAGCAAAUCCAUCAAAGACAGAUCCAUCGGAAACACACCUCCACAUACCCACUGACGAUACUAGAUGCACCACCGGAACAGGGACUAGGCGAGAAGAACCUUAUUCCAUCUUCAGGGAGACAUCGACGUCUUGCCUUCCUGCGCAGAAUGCAAAUUCUAAUAAAACUCAAAAACACAUCAAAAAACGGAGCCCUCGCACCGGUAGAGGUUGGGAUCCACAUUUUAAGUUGCCGAUAUAAAAAGAUUAGUUAGUACCUCAUUCCAAAUGGUAAGGCGUUCCUUUUAAAAAAAUCAGAUGCAUAUAAAUACUUUUACUAAGUUUAUUUAUUUGUUUUACUCUUUACAUUAAUAAAACAUUUAAAAUGUCUAAUGUUUCUAGGAACAGAGGUGAUAACAGAGUCGUUGUCAAUAAUCGACGAGACUUGUCACCUCUCCGGAGUCAACGAGGCUGCUGCACUUGCAGUGAGCACCAGCACGCGCGCACAUCAUCCUCUUCGGAUCUGAUCCGGCGAUGGCUCCGCCGCUUCCGCUCCUCGCCGGCGUCCUUCUCGCGGCCACCGUCUCCGUCUCGCUCGCGGCGGCCUCCGCGGGAACAGUGGUGGAGUUCCCGAAGGAGGCCCUGCCGACCAGCUCCGGCUACCUGCCGCUGGACCCGUCCGGCAACGCGUCCAUGUUCUACGCCUUCUACGAGGCCAGCCAGCCGCUCACCGCGCCGGCCGACACGCCGCUGCUGCUCUGGCUGCAGGGCGGGCCCGGCUGCUCGGGCCUCGUCGGCAACUUCUUCGAGCUCGGCCCCUACCUCGUCGCCCCGGACGCCGCCUCGCUCUCCCGCAACCCCUUCGCCUGGAACCGCCGCUUCGGGCUCCUCUUCCUCGACAGCCCGCUCGGCACCGGCUUCAGCGCCGCGCCGUCCCCCGCCGCCAUCCCGCGGGACCAGGCCGCCGUCGCCGCGCACGUCCUCGCCGCGCUCCAGUCCUUCUUCGACGCCAGCCCGCCCUCCUUCCGCGCGCGCCCCUUCUUCCUCUCCGGCGAGAGCUACGCCGGGAAGUACGUCCCGGCCGCCGGGGCGCUGAUCCUCGCCGCGAACCAGGGCCUGCCGGCGGGGCGGCGGGUCAACCUCCGCGGCGCCGCCAUCGGCAACGGGCUGACGCACCCCGUGGCGCAGCUGCCCACGCACGCCGACUCGGCCUACUUCACGGGGCUCAUCAACGCGCGGCAGCGGCGGGAGCUGGAGGCGCUGCAGGCGUCGGCGGUGGCGCUGGCGCGGGCAGCGCGGUGGCGGGAGGCGUCGGACGCGCGGGGCCGCGUGCGCUCGUGGCUGCUGAACGCCACCGGGCUUGCCACGCUCUACGACUUGGGCAGGCAGCGGCCCUACGCGACGGCGGGCGUGGCGCGGUUCGUGAACCGGGCCGAGGUGAAGGCGGCGCUGGGCGCGCGCCGGGACGUGGCGUGGGAGCAGUGCAGCCGCGUGGUGAGGGAGGCGAUGCACGAGGACAUGAUGAAGAGCGUCAAGCCGGAGGUGGAGGCGCUGCUCCGGCGGCGGACGCGCGUGCUGCUGUACCAGGGCAUCCGCGACCCCUGGAUCGGCGUGGCGUCGCAGGAGGCGUGGAUGAAGGAGCUCCGGUGGGGCGGGCUGCACGCGUUCGAGGAGGCCGAGCAUGCAGUGUGGCGGACCGGCGGCGUCGGCGAGGAGACGGAGCUCGCCGGGUACGUGCAGCGGUCCGGGGCACUGACGCACGUCGUGGUGUACGGCGCUGGGCACAUGGUGCCGGCCGACAACGGGCGCGCGGCGCAGGAGAUGAUCGAGAGUUGGGUCACGGAGACAGGGGUGUUUGGCAACGGCGUUUCGCCCGGGUUGACGCCGGCCGGCGCCCAGUUCGCGGCGACUUGAGGCAGCAGGGUGACGAACCGAUCACUUGCUCUCGAACUGUCAUUCGAUAACCAGUAAUGAUUUUCGUGGUGUAUCCAGCAGAGUGAUCAAAUUAAUCGCCAUUGGACUUCUCGCACCCCUGAUAAUAGAGCUACUAACAAGUACUCCCUCCGUUCCAUAUUACUUGUCCUUGAUUUAGCAUAAAGUUGUACUAAAUCAGCCACAAGUAAUAUGGAAAGGAGGGAGUAGUACUAUGGUUCCAAAAGAAAAUUUUCAUAGGAACAGAGUCGACCUCUUCAAGUUCAAUGUGUAGCAGAGGCAUGGGCUUUGCCCUGUAUAAUUAAAGAAACAGAGUCGAUCUUAAGAAACAUAUCUAGAAAGGAAUAAAAAGCAGUUGGAAUGAAGAUAGGGUGUGACUAAGGGGCUGUUCGGGAGUCCACCAGCUUUCUGGAUUUUAGGAAUCUGGGGAGUACCGAUUCACUCACUCCAUAGUUUUGAACUAAAACUUCACCAACUCCGGGAGGAGCAGCGUGGAGCGGAGGGACUCUGAACAGUCCCUAAAUCUCCGUCGAUCAAGACUUAACCAAGUCUCAAUCUAGUGACACAACAUAUAAACAAAAAGAAAGAAAAAAUUAAAAAAAUUUUUUACAGGAAUGUUAAGACCUCACGAAUAUAGUUUAAGUCUCGGUCGACUGCCGAUGAAGAUAACUACUCCCUUCUCCUGGGAGCCAAAACGCCUUACUCUACUAGUGAUUACUACUCUGUCCGGGAGUACACCACAGCGUAGCUACUUCAUCUGAUCUUGUCAUGUUAAAGAACAUUAACCUUUCUAUGCGCACUUA